GCUCCAUUGAGUUUGCUACAAGAUAGCAGGAGAUAGCCAAGUCUUCCAGCGUGAGACUUGAACCGAACAAACUGCCAGUCAUAUCUGCUGGUCAAUGCAACCCCGCACACUGAGACACACACACUUCUAUGCAAGAGCAACUCGUUAUAGGGUUAAUUUUCUAGAGGUAUCGUCAUUCCAAGAAAAAGGCAGGAAUAGCUGAGGAAGAAGGAAGUUCACCGUUCGACUGGACGAAAGAACUGAGAGGGCAAGGUCUGAGCCAAACAACGAAUUUUUGGUGCCACGCCAUGGUGGCCCCCUCGCAUUUGCUGCUUCACGGGUGCGUAGUUAAACAGCUCAACGAAACACGACGCGUUUCGCCAUCCAGCCACACGUGGUAGUCCCCGCUACCUGCAACAGUUUCGGACAGCCGUUUGCCCUGGAAGAUGAGGCUGACGGUCAGGCAGUAUGUCAAGCGCGACAGUCGGAAGUGCGUGGAUGUUCUAAACGAAUACGGGAAGUUGGCGUGACGUUAUCUUUCUUUGUCAUCACACUGUGUUGCCCCAAUCAACAGAUGAAGGCGUUUAACAUAGACUCUACUGGGCAUACGUUUGUACUUUCAUGUUUGCAGCCUCAUAGAAACAACUGGGAAUACUCGCAUAAUGGCAUCUCCCGAGAACAUACACCUACAUGAUGAGCCGCCAGCUGAACUCUACGUUUUCCGGGGCCACAAAUACUUCAAAGGGACAUCUAUGGUGAUCCAGCCAAGGCACUGCAGUAAGGACAUGACUCCCAAACAGACUUGCUCCAAGCAUCUUCGAGUGCUUACGCGAUUCCGUUCUUGAGGGUGGAUAGGGCACGCUGUACCCAAGAGCCAGCUGGCAAGGCAGAAACACUGCAGCUGGUUGGAAAACGAUACCUCAACUACCGAGUCGGGAUCUCAUGUUCAAGACCAACAGUGUUACAGUGCACAAGACAAAAAAAGCUCAGCGACACUUGGGUAGUAUUGAGAAGAGUGAAGGUUCACACGAUUGCGAUUCAUGCUGUGUAUGUAGGAUCGAGCUUCUUCCGUUUACGAUUUUAGCCGAAAGAAGUGUGUUGUUUUGCUCUAUAGCGAAAUCUAAUUGUGGCAGCUGGUGCUGAGCUAGCCAAUCAAGUUUGAGCGCUUUUUUUCGUUUUCUUUUCCCGGUGUGCAUGCGCAAAUUGAACCGCUGUUGAAUUAGCAUGUGGUUGAAAAAAAGGUGUGUUUCGCUGGUUUGCUUCCAUUGCUCUCUCAGUUGGCUUCCUUCUUUCAUUUAAAUUCUGUCAUAUUGUUCCUGGUUAUCUUCUCUUCUUCGAAGUCUUCAAUCUGCUCUUUCGUCGCGCUUGUCUCGAGCAUCUUCUUGUCAGGUUCUUCCCACUCUGCGCAGGAGCUUUCCCCGCUGUUGUUUAUCUGUCUUCACCCUCCACUUCUUCCCUCCUCUCACUUUCGAGUUCUUCGCCGUUCGAAGAGAUCACUCCCCACUCUCAUUGGUGCAUUCGUUUCGAGCUUCUUAUAUUCCAGCCGCGGAAGCGGCUGUCACCAUUAUGGUUCAUCAAGUGUUCGUGGUCGUGGUGUCUUGAAGCAGGUCUUGUGUAGUCCCCGAUCACAAUCUCAGAUUUGAGGAAAAGAACCGAGCGCACGGCAUUCUAGUGCUUUCGAACGGGCUGUCUAAAGUUCCUGUUCUCUCAGGCACACCUUGCGUACUGGCAUAUUAGGGUCUUUCGAGUUUUCCGCAUCACGGAAAUUGUGGGCAUUACAAACGAGCGCUGUUUUCUUUUGUGUGCCUUCACUGGCGCUUCUGCAAUCCACACUGUCUGCCUUCCCUGCUAUUCGCCUUCUCGGAAAACUCUUUCGCUUCACGGAGGUUCGCUGGUCAUGCACUCCGUGUCGGGCGCAGAGCUGCGCGCGCGUCUCCACCAUCUCCCGGUCUUCUCUUGGAUGUUUCUACAGAAGCAUGCGAAGCGCGGCUGCAAUCUUCGCGUCUCGUCCCAAAGGGGCUCGGUGGGCUGCGGUGUCUGCUUCGAAAGUAGCCGCCUCAACCCCAGGCAGACUCUCCCCUUCGUCUGCCGGUGACUACAUCCCCGUCCAGCAGCGAUGCGGUUCAACGCGCAGGGCACUUCUGACGAGUGGAUUCCUCUCUUUUGUGACCGACUCGAACAGAGACUUCGACGGGACGAGAGAGGCUUGGCACGGGUCACAGAAGCAAUUCUGUCGCCGCAGCGUCCAAUGGGUUUCUGGGGCAGCGCUCACGGGAGCGGUUUGCUGCGUCUGUUUAUCCUGGGGCUCGAGGGCUUCUGGCGAGAGAAAGAAAGACACCGCUCUGCGCUGCGUUUCUCACGUCCCGUCUCAAAAGGUACCAGAUCACAGGUCACGAAGUAGAGAGCACCUCCGAGGAUUCGGUCUCGCUGGGCGGGGAGAAAGGCUCUCCCAUCUUGCCGUGGCAUCGUGCUCGGAACCUGGAAGCGGAAACAAGGCAGAGGGCUCUUCCACCGACAGAUCUCGCAUACUGUACAGCUGGGGCUGCGGCAUCGACGGCCAGCUAGGUCUGGGCGGCAGCGCUCUGAGUGUGUCGACACCGCAGCCAGUUCCAGCGUCAGCGCUCCACGAUGGAGAGUUUAUCCUUCAGUGCGCAGCAGGCGCUUUCCACUCCGUCUGCUGCACCUCUUUGGGCCGGGUGUUCACGUGGGGGCGGGGUGGAAAGAAUCGUCUGGGGCAUGACUGGCCAAGAGAAACACCUGCGUCAGCCUCGCCGGGUGGCAGGCCUUACCGGUCGUCAACAAAGCACCUGUCUGCCUCGGGCAUAGCGGAGACUGCGGUCCAGACCCUUCCCAAGUGCGUGGAAGGUCUCUGUCGCCUUUCGGCUCGCGUGGACGCCGUCGCGUGUGGAGAGGACCACACCCUGGUUCUCACAGACUCGGGGGAAGUCUAUAGCUGGGGGGGGAAUGCUCACGGAGAGUGCGGACGCGUAGAGACUUCGGAGAGCGCUGAGGCGGUGCAAGCGGGAGAUCCCGCGAGAACAAAGCGAAGGAGUUGGUUGUGGGGCGUCCUAAGAGGCGAUAAAGGCGAAGGAGAUAUAGAUGCGCUCGCCACCGAAGAAGCCUCAAGUGCACAUGAUGCAAACAGUCCGUGGGCUGGACGAACGGAGAAAGAGAAAGGCCUUGUGGGUGGCCGAGUGGAAGGCGCUCUACGCGGGAAGAGAGUGACUCAGAUUGCAUGUGGCAAGCACGUCUCCGCCGCCGUCACUGAGGAAGGAGAACUUUAUGUGUGGGGAGAGGGACGAGGCGGACAGGUGGGCCCGCCGGUGCCGGCAGGCCGAAGAUCCGAGGAUCGAAGGAAGGAAGUUUCGACUUCAACUUUUCCCAGUUCUGGCCUUUCCUUCAAUGUUCCUACACCAAGGAGACUGGAAGUUUAUGGCCUUGCCGAGAGCGAAGAAACCUCUCAAGACAGAACGCCGAAGAAGGUCGUCCAAGUUGCUUGUGGGUCCUCUCACUGCGCCGCGUUGACAGAAGACGGAGAAAUUUACACAUGGGGUAGUGACGAUUACGGCCAGCUAGGCCUGGGUAAGGAGUCGCGGUUUGUUCUCUUGCCUCGAAGAGUCGACGCACUCGCUGACAAGAGAGUCGUUUCAGUUCGAUGCGGCCACUUCUUCACUUGCUGCACCACGUCGACGGGGGAAGUUUUUGUAUGGGGUUAUGGCCGAGACGGUGAGUGCGGAAAUGGACGGAGCGACGCGGCUCUGCCCGUCCUUAUUUCGCUGGAGGCUCAACCAGGCGGCAAGAAACACGCUAGUGGAACAGUUCUGGAUACUGUCGCAGGAGGUGGCCACCUUGCAGCACGUACACAAGAAGGCGGUCUCUGGAUGUGGGGCCGAGGUAGAGAGGGCCAGCUAGGGAGGGGAGACGCCAUUGAGAGCGUAGCAGCCAGCAGAGAUUCCCCUCAGUUAGUGGAAGAACUUUGGAACAGGUCUCCUCGCGGUAGUCAAUCACGGCCAUCGUCAGACUCACGUGCACUGACGGGUCUGAACGAUCGUGAAGAAGCCCAGCAAACAUCAAGGGUCGUUGCAGCGUGGUGCGGCCAGUCUCAUACGCUCGCGCUUGUAGAAUCGACGGGGAAGACAGAUUUUACUGAGUGAAACAGACGCAACAUGCACGAAGUUUCCAGGCAAAGCAGAGACAAACACGCCCGGCGUGCUUCUUCUAGAACCGCGAGAUGACGAACUAACUUGUUCUGGAAGUCGAGACCCAACGAAGAAAAGUCUGGAGUAGCUAGAUUGCCAGUUUGCACCUAGGCGUCCGGUUCUGUCGAGAAGAUUCAUUGUGAGUGGUAGAGGGCUUUCAAGUUAUGCUGACACGCCAACUCGACUGCCGUGUCUUACUGUGGCGUGGUGGCGUCCACGUGCCUGCCGCUGCGAACACCUCAUUCCUCUUUUCGUGAUCGAGAUGAAACUGAAACGUCAG